AUCGAUCGCCGUCGCAUCAGAGUGCUGUCAAGAAAAUGUAAACAGUUUACAAUUUGUGCUGAAAAAUUUGUAUUUUGCUUAAAAAAAGCUGAUAAAUAAGUGGUAUUAAAUGAAUAUUAAUACACAAAUUCAUCAACUACAAUAGUGACAAUUAUGUCAGAAAAAAGAAAACGAAGAUCAACCCGAACGCCGCCGGUAGUCGAUUCCUCCAGUGAAAAUGAACUGGUUAUCGAUUUGCCAGAAACUUUCAGCGGUGGCAGUCGUCCCACAAGAUCAUUACGACCAGUGACUCCUAAAAAGAGUCCCGAUAAGCGACCCGCACCUUUAACGAGGAAGAAACGGCGCCGUCCACCAUCGAGCAGUUCCAGUAGCGAUGUCGAAGAUCAAACACUAGAGGAAACCAUCCAGAGGGUAGCGACCAGCAAUAACAUGUCCCAGGAAAGCAUAAAAAAGAUAUUGAAGAAACUGGUCCUGAACGAGCAUAUCUUGGCUACGGUGAAAUUGAAGGAGGAAGAUGAAGAGCGAGAUGACAAAACUCAUCCCGAUACGGCAAAGGCUGACAUGGGAGGAGACGAUGAAGAUGCUGGGGCUAGUUCAUCGCAGUUUAAACUAACAAGAUUGAAAGCCAAGCAGCUGAACAAGCCACCCCUACCGAUUGUCCCUCUGAAAGCGCCUGUGCCAGACGAAGAAGUAGCUGCGCUGAUACGUGAGGAUCUCGGCUCCGACGAUGAUGACGAAGAAUACCAACCCACGGAGGAUGACAUUCCUUCUGAUGACGAUCCCAAUACGACUAUAUCCGAUAUCGAUUCACAGCCCAGAACACCGAUGGCGCCACUGACCCCUGGCGGGACAGAAACUGAACUCGACAUCGAUGAGUGUUCCGGGCUUAGCCGGGAUGGACUGUUUAAGAUUCCCCGUACGCGCAACGAUAGCCACUGUUCCCAGUCGGAGCAAGAGCAGGAGAAUAUAGCCCGACGUACCCGAUCCAAACUGUGUUUGCAGACGACAGCCAUCGAAACAAUCGAGUCUACGUUUUUUCCGCCGGACAUUACGACCGACAUGUACGACUUCGAUUGUGAUAUGGAUCACGUCUGGAAGGAGUUUUUGAGCGAGUUUCACAAACCGAUGCCAAAUCACGCCGAAGAUGAUGAUGACACCGAUCCGGAGUACGUUGCAGCAGACCAGGUACCAGUAGACCGAGAAGAACUUCUUGAAGUCAAAGUAUCCAAGAAAGAACUUAACGAACUGGUAUCCGAGCUGUUAAAUGGACUCGUGGACGAAUCUUUUCUAAAUGAGGAUGAGCCUAAUAACACACUAAUUCCCGAAACUAUGGAUCAAAAUCGGGAGCAGUCGUUCCAAGAGUUGGAACAAAAAGAUCAGUAUGAACUCAAUACUCCACAACCAAAAGCAUCUAAUCCUGUGAGAGGGCGGUCAGUUACUCCCGAUAGAACAGAUAACGAUUGUGUGUUCCAGCCGAACACGUUGUCCAUUCCAACAACACCUAUUGCAACGAAUCCCAUAGUACUCGUGAUACCAGAUACUCCUCCUCCGCCGACUAUUGUGGCUUGCCCAGAUCCUGCGGUAUUUGUUCCCCAGUCGUAUGCACCAGCUAUUGAAACCGACGCUAAUAUUGCACCUCCUAUGCUACAUUCAAGUCCCGUAAUUACUCAAAUCGGAGAUAUGAACCCUGCAAUUGUCACCCCGGUUCUCCAUCCAAACUUAGUAUUCAUAACUCCAAUUGCACAAUCAACGCUUCCGACAUUGGCAAUAGCAACGAGCAGUCCAGGAAGCUCAAUCCUGCAAACGCAACCUAUUGUUGAUCAGCCCGCGAUUGUAAAUAACUCUCCGCAAAUCAGUAAUUCUGAUGAAAAGAAAACAACCACCCCGAGCGGACAAUUUUUCAUUCAGGUGUCCACUCCGCAUGAGUCCAGCUUCACUAAAUACUUCGUACCUUCCUUUAUGUCUUCGGUAAUUCCACCAGAAGAACGCGUUCCUGUUCCGCCCUCCGAACGGAAAUACCGCUUUACACAUAGUCUGGUUCCGAUAACCGACACCUACUUCGAGGGACAAACGGGUUUCACCAACCUCCAGAUGCAAAUAUUCCAACAGCAACUGCGGCAACAUGUGCAAUUCGCGGCGCAAAACUUCAUGCAGACCUACGCACAUCCCAAGUUCUGGAAGAUGGCCAAUACCUUCAAGGAAAUGCUGCUUGAUCUGCAGGAAAUGAGUAACGAUACCGCGGCGGCAAAAGCAUGGAAUCUGGAUCGCGCUGUUGAAUGUUGCCUCAGCUGGGAGAAAGAACUCGAAAAAGAAUCCGAGGAAAACAAGGAGUUUAUUCAGUUUCAAUUGGAAGAAGUCAGGAAAGGCGAGAAGGCAAAGGAAACAAACAAAUACUAUCAAGGCUUCUUCCACCCGAAGCUGAUGGAGCACGUGGUCAACAAUCCCGCCUUCAUGUACCCGAAGCUGCUGCCCUUCACCCCGUAUCGUAACGAUUUGCGUUCCGAAAACCGGUUCAUCAGAGCCGAAGAGCGACUCAUCGCGUUUGGCUUGGAGAUAUUUUUCCCCAUUGUCAAGCAAGAAAUGAACAAGAACAAGUCGAAAUCGGAGAAAAAUCCUAACGUAAUGCAAGUAUGCCGCCACAUUAGCAGAUACUUGAUUCCGUUGCAAAACGAAAAACAGCUGUACUCUUACGUUACUUCCCGACGACAACGAUGCCAGAAGAUGACCAAUCCCAUCAAGUAUUAUUUCAAGAACGGCAAAGCACCAGUGUUCCAACAUGUAGUAGAGUCGAUCGAUUUUACCAACGUGGUUCCACCGGCGGCGUACCAAAAGGGCGAGCUUCCACAUCUAUGGGAUAAGUACAUCUACUCGAAAGACAGGUUGGCAAAACUUGAAAGCUCCGGAAGUAGUGCUGCUAUUGUUGCCGCUCACGAAUCGAUACAAUCCAGCAGCAAACGUCCUCAACCUCAGGUUCCGGAGCAUCCCACAUCACUAAACAUUACCAUUAGUUUGGUUCUCGAUCCAUAUCAGCCUCCGAUUCCAUUGAAUCAACCCGCAUCAUCAUCUGUGGUUGAACUUCCGGUAACCGCGCCCGUCGUAACAACAACAGAAUUACCGGAUUUGUCGAGUAUCGAGCAAGAUGACAAGAUAGAACAGGAUGAAAAAUCUGCAGAUAACAAUUCAUUUGAAAUCAAUAUUAAGGAAGAAUCUUCUAUCUCAAUUGAUGAUGAUUCGCGUGAUUUGGCGGACUUCGAUGACCAGCCGAAAGAUUCAAUAAGUGUAUCGGAGAUAAAUACCCGCAGUAGCUGUAGCUGCCAUCAUCUGGACAAUAGCAGUGAAGGCAAUUCGCAGCAACAAAGUCCGGAAAAGGGUCAAAAACGAUUGACGGAUUAUUUUUCGUCAAAAAAGGGCGUAUCUUCGAAUGACUUACGAAAAACGAAACUGAAAGAGAAGCUGUGGGAGAUUUAUCAACGUUUCUGUGAUUCUUGUAUAAGCGAGAUCGAUCCCGGAAAAUUGGAAAAACCCAUCCGGAAAAUUUACGACCACUUCCGUUUAAUAGAAGGCUUUAGUUACUUUCUGGAAAAACUGAAUAAGAUGAGCUCCAGCCACGGUUCUAAAAAGAUGGAUGUAAUCAUGGCAAAGAACGACCAUUCAGUGUCGAACGAAAUAGGAAACCGAACGCACAGGUCCAGUGAAAGUGAGAAUAGAGAUGCAAAUUAUGCGUACAACUUCUUCGAGAAAGUUGAAGAAACCUUACUUACGGAUAACAAACACGCCAUGUAUGAAAAUUUCCUGGAUGUCCUACAAUCGUUUAAUGCGACCGAAGAUCGCGUUCCUGACUUGUAUUCUAAGAUAGAAAAUCUUUUGAUAAUGGACUAUCCUGAAUUGGUGGAUUUGUUCCUCACAUUCCUACUGCCAGGUCAAGCAGCUGAAGUGGGAAGAUUUUUCGAACAUUUCAUUCUCACUAAUGCCAAUGAUUUUCUGACAAAAUUGAACAUUUACUUUGCCAAACAACCAGCACAAAUCAGAAAGAUUUACUCCUGUCUGAAUGAUCUAUCCAAUGAGCAAGAUGUGACCAUGGAACAGAUUAAAACUCGAAUUUUACCGCUUUUAAAGGGAAACCCUUUGCUGAUUGAAUGGUUCCUUCAACUAUUCUCCCCGGAAAAUCCUCCGGAAGGUAAUGUCUCAGAUUACGAGGUGAUUUCAGUGAAGAAACUCCCCCAUCCAGACCACACUGACCCGGAUGAGGUUUUUGAAGAAGUUCCAUUUGUGGACGUGGCCCCGGAAACCAAUGCUGAGAGCAGUAUUUGUGGAACGAAGUACAUCCAGGGUCGAAUCAUGUACGGAACUCAACCAGCUAGGUUGACAUUCUUGGCAAACAACUGCAUGGCUUUAGCAUCCACACAAAAGGGACAAUCGUCCGGAAUAAAAGGAUGUGUGCACAAUGUGCGUAGUGUGGAAAAUCGACCGAAAGCGACGGUGACGGACGGAGAAAUGACGGCGGGAGAUAAAGAGCAGUCACAAGAAACAGAGCUUCCGGAGCCCGUACCAGAGGAUAAUCGCGAAGAACCACCUCGAUAUAAACUGUGCGACGAGACAACGUUUAAUGCGCAUGCCAUCCGGUUGAACCCACUGGUGCACGGAGGAAAGGGCAUUACGUACGCAGAUGUAGCACACCUGCUCGUACCGGACCCGAAUGCGCCUGAUGACAGCCAAAUUCAAUCCGAAGAUGACAGAUCUAAUUCGCCAAAAAAGCAACAAUUCAAAAGUGUUCCCAAAAAACGAAUAAACUCACCGACCAGCAAAAAAGCGGCGACCGGCAAAAGUUCUCCAACCACUUGCAAAAAGUCACCCAUUUCGGUGUCCCCAGAUUCGAAAGCGUUAGCCACAUCGAAAAAGUUGAAAACCAUGAUUGAAGCACCUGCUCUGCCAAACCAGGAACCGUCCAGCUCGUGUGGAGUAAAGCGGAAAGCAAUUCCCAUACCCGGCAUGAAUACCAGCACCACAGUCGGCAGCUCAACAACCGACGAGGCAAUCCUUUCCAUAAAGAAAGAAAGAUGUGACUCGAGCGAACCCCAGGAGCCUACCGAACUACCCAGCCAAACUAGCUGGACCAGAGACGAGGAUAAGGUCAUUCUGGAGGAGAUCAAGGUGGGCUAUAGCACGGUGGAGCAGCUGGUGGAAAGAAUUGGGAUGAAAAUUAAGGGAAGGCAUGCGGCGGAGAUACGACGGCGGCACGAGUUUUUGAUGGAAGUGCUGAAAAAAUUCCAGAAAUCUAAUUAGACUGCAGAUAGCAUAAUCGGAGAUCUUAAAAUGUGUGUUUUUAUCCACAGUUGAAUACAUUUCGUUCACAAUGUAAAA